AGGACUGGCAAAGCAUAUACCAGUCCACCCGCAUCCCAAUACCAAAAUUUGCACCCGUGGAUGAAUCGGUAACAUUUAUUGGGCGUCUCUGUCGAGAAAUUCUGAGGAUUACAGAUCCCAAGAUUGCAUGUUACAUUGACCAGCUCAAUACCUGGUACGAUAUGAAGACUCGCCAAGAGGUCACCAACAGCCGCCUGUUUUCUGAGAUUCAGGGUGCUUUAGGCACUUUCGGCCUGAACGGUUUGGACAGGCUGCUUUGCUUCAUGAUUGUGAAAGAGCUACAGAAUUUCCUCAGCAUGCUUCAGAAGACAGUCCUGCGUGAUAAAGGAGUACACGAGGCCCUGAAAUCUCUCAUGAAAUCUGUCAGCCCUCUGAAAGGAAUUGUGGAAAUUAUUUCUGCGUAGAAAAGGCAUC